AUGAAAUUCACAUUGCUGCUUGUUGCUCUCGGUAUUCCUACUCUCGCCCAGGACGUUUCGACGCAGCUGGUUAAAAGAGCUUUCGUGGACGCAAACAUCCCCAAGGACCUGUCCAUUACCUUCAACCCAACAGCGCUGCUUGAGGUGUCGCUUCCGCAAGGUGCCCGGCCGCCCAUCGUUCUUCACGCUGGAAUAAAUGUCCCGCGCAAUGACACUGCCGGUCCCCCGAUAUUCCACGUCGCUGGAAACAUAGGCCAUGGGCCAUUCGUCGUGGCCACCGUUGACCCCGACGCGCCGACGCCCCAAGACCCCAAUGAGGCCCAGAUUCGCCACUUCCUGGGCGGAAAUUUCUUCAACCGCGCUGGCCUGCUCGUCAACACGACCCCCGCCAUAUCAGAGUUCUUGCAGCCCACCCCGCCCGCCGGGUCUGACGCCCAUCGAUAUGUCUUCCUGUUGUUCAAGCAGUCUCCUGAAUUCGCACGCCAGACACUGGUCAACUCGACAACGUCUAUCGCGUUGUUCAACAUAAGCAUGUUUGCGAAGGAAGUCGACCUUGGAAACCCGAUUGCGGGGACCUUUAUGAAGGUUGCACCAGAGCCGUCAUCGUAG